GGGGGCGGCGGCUGAAACCAUGUCCGGGCAGCGCCGGGGGCCGCCGCCGCCGCCGCCGCGAGCCGGGAGCCGCGAUGGCCCCGUGGCCCGCACCUCCUCCGCCUCCGCCUCCGCCUCCACCUCUCGCCGCGCCGCCGCCGCCUGGCGCCUCUGCUAAGGGGCCGCCGGCGCGCAAGCUGCUUUUUAUGUGCACCUUGUCCCUGUCCGUCACCUACCUGUGCUACAGCCUCCUGGGCGGCUCGGGCUCGCUGCAGUUUCCCCUGGCGCUGCAGGAGCCGCCGGGAGCCGCCGCCGAGCCCCCGCCGAGCCCGCCGCCACCCUCGCUGCUGCCUCCCCCCGUGCGCCUCGGCGCCCCCUCGCAGCCGCCCGCGCCACCGCCGCCGGACAACGCGAGCCGCGGGGAGCCGCCCGAGCCCUCCGAGCAGUCCGCCUCCCCCGGGGCCGACGGCUGGGGGUUGGCGAGCGGCGGCGGGGGCGCCCGGGACGCCUGGCUCCGGGCCCCGCUGGCCCCCGGCGAGAUGAUCACCGCGCAGAGCGCGCUGCUGGAGAGAGAAGCGCACGAGUCCAGCACCACCGACGAGGAGCUCGCAGGCCGGCGGGCGGCCAACGGGAGCAGCGAGAGGGGCGGCGCCGCCAGCACCCCCGACUACGGGGAGAAGAAGCUGCCCCAGGCGCUGAUCAUCGGGGUCAAGAAGGGAGGAACCCGCGCGCUGCUGGAGGCGAUCCGAGUUCACCCGGACGUGCGGGCGGUGGGCGUAGAGCCGCACUUCUUCGACAGGAACUACGAAAAGGGGCUGGAGUGGUACAGGGUUAGGGUAGAUGUCACCCUGCUCUGCCUGCCGCGGGCUCCUCGUCCAGGGAGGUGCUCUGUGAAUCUGGCCAGCUCCAAGCCGGGGAAUCCCCAGUCCUCGUGCCCGUGGGGUUUUCCUAACCCAGGCACUGGCGGGGCUCUGCGUUUUUGUGUUGAGGACGCCGCGGAACGAAACAGGAUAGCUAGAUUGAUCAUUGGGGAAUUUGAGAUCCCCAGAAAUCUCUCAGAAUCGCCCUCAAAUGUAUUUGCGUGGCUGGAGUCCAACUUCAGUAUUUUCAGGUUAGAGCAAAAUGAACAAGGAACGGUUGAAAAGGUGAUGGAGACGAGAUUCGGCUUUCUAGUAACGACUGAGGCUGCUCCCCCUCUCCAGAACUUUCUGUCCCCCUUGGCCACGUGAACACGGAGUCGAUUUUGCAUAAGGAGCAUCACUGUCUACAUGACAGUUGGCGCCCUUAGAGUUUGUAUGCCGGGCACCCGUGUCCUUUCCAACCCGCGCCAACAGAUUGGGCUUAUGUCUUGUGAAAUGUUCAUCUCCCUCCUUUUCCACACUCUGCCCUUGGUGAGAGAAAGGAAGAAGAGAGAUGUGGAAAGUUAAGUGCAGCUAAAAUAAAUUAAUAAACCAGCUUUCUUGCUGGCCAUAGCACCUAAAACAAUACUGGUACGGAUGCCCCAAAUGCAAGUCCCCUUAACUUCUUUCGUUUUGUAUCUCUUUGGAAAACAGAUUUGGAGAGCUGGCCCCAUCUCAGUUGCAUCUCAGUAAUUAAUUGUAAUUGUCAAACGAAAACACAGGCUUUGUCAGCUGAAGUGAUUCUAUCAUCUUAACAGAGACAUUAGGUAAAAUAAGGAUGGUUUCCUGACAAGUCGCCUUCCUGUUGAAGAGAUGUGCUUUCUAAUUUUAAAUUACAGCCUGAGAAAGUUUUAGAAAUGACUUAAGAAAUAUAAAAUAGAAGUGUGCAUUAUGAAUGAUGUCUUCCACUUUAAAAAAUAUGCCUUAUGCUUUCAAAGCUUCAGAGAAGUACAGUUAAGCAUACACAUUCCGGCACAUUAAACUGAAACAGCAAAUGUGUCUGUUAAUGCCUUGUCUGUUUUAACAGAGAGAACUAAUUGCAAUAUUUUAAGAGGCUUCAAACAGCCCCUUCCUAUCAAAACAUAAAACAGCAAAUGCCUAAUUUAACUGGAAAAUCAGUAUUUAUAACAUCACAAGCCAUGGCUUCCAGUUUGUGAUUAUAAUUAAAAAGGUGUUAGGAUGAUUAAUGCAACAGCAAAAGAAAGAAGGGCUAUGCUGUCUGGGAAGGUUUCAGUUGUUUAAUUGUUGGUUAUAGGAAUAUUCUGGUUUCUGCUGUGGGACAGCUUUGGCCUUAGGAGGGUAACUGUGGCUUUUUCCAAUUCUAAUUUUAAAGUUGUGUAUCUUGGGAGAAGUGUCAAGUGCCCUUUGGUGGAGAGGGAGGCAUAAAGAUAGAAUCUUUCCAGUGUGUCUGGGUUGCUUUGCAGCAGCUGAAAACAGAUAAGGGGGUAUUUUAUUAUCCAGAUGAUUUAAAAUAAAGUUGAGGAGGAGUGCAUGGUGGAAUGCAUGUCAGGCAGUCCCAUUGAAGGGGCUGGAGAAUUUUCUGAAUGAAAGGAUGGAAGAUGCCAGAUUUUCCUAUGUUCUUUUAUACUGAGGCUGGGAAAAGAAGGCCUCUAAACUGCCUUGCUCCUAUGACAUGGCCCUUGAAGCUAUUAUUGCAGCACAGUGGUGCUCCCAGCCAUCACAUGUGUGAGAUUUAGGGUUCAGUGACAAUAUUUGGAGCCAAUCACCAAACUGUUAUACAGAAGAGGUGGGGAUAGAACUAGAUUCCCUUGGUCCUCACUGAGGAAGACCAUGUGACACCUCUGUGUCCCCAAUCCCCUACCCCAGCGUCUAGCCCAUGGGAGAUCCCUUGUACCACUUAGUGGUGCAGAUUGGACGUGCUGGAGAAGAAUCUGUCCGGUAUGGAGGACUCAUUAGCCACUCAAAUCUGGCUGUUGAGAAGACUCCCAGACACCCAUUUGACCCAGUGGAUACCUCUCCAGCCUUACCAGGGACAGAUGUACUGUGAUGGAUUUUGUGGGUUUUCGUUAGCUCCAUCUAUACAGGCUUCCUUCUUUCUCCCAUGAAGGAAGGUGGGAUGAGAAUAACGUCACUUUUUUCUAGAAAAGGAAACAGUGGCAUUAAUUCAAACCAAUAACAGAAAUAUUUCCUCUUGGUUCCCAAGUCCAACUCCUUUUAAAUGGUAGAGUCUGUGUUUAAUGGUUAUGCUUCCUCCCCAUGCACCAUGUAUUUAUUCUG